CAAACGCAGAACGAACCAAGUGCGGGUGCUUCUUUUCGUAGCGGUCGAGCGUCAUUGUUCCAUCUUGUGUUUGCGAGAAUCAGAAGAACGGGUCAAUCGUUCGCUGGUCGACAUUUUUUUCGUUCUAGCGCCAUCACUGUGAAAUAUUAGUGGUUGCGGGAUUUUAGUGUGCAACUAAACAGAAAGCAGAACUUGUUUUACGGGAAGGGUAACUCUCGGCAGAGCCAGUAAAAUGUCUUCGUCUUACGGACACAUGAACAACACGAACAACAGCACAGUUAAUAUGAGCCAUCACAACAAUCUGCACGAGUAUGAGGAAACUGAUGGAGAUGUGGAUAUCCUGGAACAGGACUUGUUUGAGGAUGCACUAGAUGAAGAUAAUGUCGACGACAGCGAGGAAGACACGGAGGAGGCUAGUGAGACAGAAAUGGGUUCCAGCAAUCAUCGGAACAUGGACGAACCUAUUGAAAUCAAGGAACAAAUGUAUCAAGACAAACUAGCAUCGCUCAAAAAGCAAUUAGAAGAGCUGCGCUCGGGCACCCAUCCUGAAUAUCUUCGACGGGUGAAGAAGCUUGAACAUCAGUACAACGAACGAAUGCGAUUGAACGACAUCUACCGCGAGUACCUGAUUAGUUGCGUUGAACGUGACUACAUCCUGGAAAAGAAUGCGGCAGUAAAAGAGUACGAAGAGAAAAAGAUCGACUUACGGGAAAAUCUAAUGACGGAUUUCGAGGACAGACGAAAAAUGAUUGAGAAUGAGCGAGCAACCAUGGAACUGACUGGUGAUUCCAUUGACUUAAAACCGACCAUAACACGUAAGCUUCGCCGAAGACCAAACGAACCCCUGCCGGUACCGGAGAAACGCCGCAAACCGACAAGCGGUCAACUGGUACUGCUGUUGGACGAAAAAGAAGUGGAAAAUGAUUUGAAGUUGAUUAGCCGCGGAAAACCCGUACAAGCCAUUCGCCCUCAUUCGAAUAGUCUCUCGGGGCCGUCUGCCGGCAAUGGAAAUAUUGUUUCUCAAACGUCUCAAAAUGUAGCGCUUUCGAAUAUUUCCAACUCGACAGCGAAUAAUUAUCAGAUAAACAAUGCUGGCGGAGUAGGAAGCACUUCCCAUUCGAACGAUAUUAGCAUUUCCAUUGUUCCCUCUUCAGCGCCGUUGACUAUUCACCAUCCAAAUCCACCACCGGCAGUUAUGUCGAACCCGAAUAACACCGGUCCUAAUCAAGGUCAAAGUCAAAACCAAAACCAUCAGCCACCGCAGCUAGCUCAGUCACAAAUCAACAACAGUCAUCAGAUUCCACCAAUUCAACAACAGCCACAGCAGCAACCGUCCCAGACGACACUGGUCGAAACGAAGAUCGAAGAUGGUAAGCUGUUGUAUGAACGCCGCUGGUUCCAUCGUGGCCAGCCAGUCUACGUUGAAGGAAAGGACAUUCCACGCUUUUCCGCUAACAUCAGCGCCAUCGGCAACGAAGCUAUCUGGGUGAAGAAAACCGCCGACGGUCAGAAGGUGCGUAUUUUCACCAGUCAGCUGAGUCGCGGCAAGGUCUCCAUCAAGCGGCGUGCCAAUUAGCUCCGAUUUCGUUCGAAAAAACAAUACCGUUUGCAGUCGGUUCGGAUCUCAUCCUUUCCUGUUAAUGCCGGAAUCUAACUCCUCUGUGUAAUAUUCAAGCUCGAAUUGAAAAUGGCGCUUUAUUUUUAUUUUCUGUCAUGAAACGGUGGACGUAGAACAGACGAUCGAUGCUUUUAACUUUUUUUUCCAGUAUUCGGCAGUUCAAUUCAACUGUCUUCGUUUAACUAAUUGAACAAAUGUUCCGACGAUGAGAGUUCGAUGAAAAAAGAAAUGAAUCUACAUGUACUACAUAGAAUUAAAAAAAACGAUAAGAAAA